CGCGCCGGUUCUGGCGUGAACGCGCAACUCCAGGAGACGCAGUCGGUUUAUUUCGCUCAUCGGGAACGCGCGAAGUGAACGGAGGCCAGGGCCAAGAUGCAAUUGUGCUAGAGUCGAAAUCUACCUCCCAUCACAUACGCCCCCAUUCCCCUUAAAAAAACAACAACCUAAUAAUAAUAAAAGCACCAUGCGGAUGAUUUAGGAGUCCGGGAGCGCGGAGAUCUGUGCGUAAUAUAUUGUUCCGGAGGCUGAGCUUUGCUGCGCAGGUGCGCCGUUACGCUGCGGCAGGAUGGAGUUCAAGCAGCUGGUGGACGCGGCGGAAAAAUGGUGCUCAGGAAACCCGUUCGAGCUGAUCUUCGCCGAGGAGGUGGACGAACGCCGGAUGGACUUCUACGCCGAGCCUGGCAUUUCGUUUUACGUGCUUUGCCCCGACAACAUGACAGGAGGUACCGACACUUUUCAUGUGUGGAGUGAGAGCGAGGACUGCCUGCCAUUCUUGCAGCUGGCACAGGACUACAUCUCCUCCUGUGGACACAAAACCCUGUUGGAGGUCCUUGAAAAAGUCUUCAGAUCCUUCAGACCUCUCCUGGGUCUUCCAGACAUUGAUGACGACACGUACGAGCAGUACCAUGGAGACGUGGAGGAAGAAGCAGAGACGGACCAUCAGCAAAUGGGUGUUAGCCAAUAAUGUGCUCGGUGAAGUGAAUCGACCUUCCACGGGCCGGAGCAUUGCUUCAUUCCCCCUCAUAUUUCCUUCUUCCAAAUCAUCUACACAUUUCUACUGUUUUAUGAUAUGCACUAUGCCUCUGUCUUGCACACUCACACACUCGCACCACGGCUUAUUAUAAUGCACGAUUCCAUGUUGCAGAGAAAAGCAUUCUCACUAGACGUCCCAUGUCCUUCUUGUUUUAUUCAGCAAACCGCUGCUUAAAAGAUUAUGGAAAUCUUUUCAGGAUUCUGUUAGUUCUUGUGUAAUGUUAUUUUUGUGUACCGGGUGGGAAUCACAGUUUAAUGGGUCCUAAUGGUUUAACAGGUAUUGCGUGACUGAUUUUAGAUGUGCUUAAUGGUUUUCUGAUGGGAUUCAAAAGUCUAAUGGCCAUUGAUGGUACCAUUAUUGUAAUAAGUUGUGGUUCACUUGUGAUUUAAUGGACCUUGUGGACUUUUUAUACAGUAUAAUGCUGCAUUUCAGGCUGUGUGUAUGAAAACAGGAAAACAUUUAUUGUCAGUAAGUAGAGACAGGAUAUCUAGAUCAAAAUGAAAAAUAUUUAAUUUAGUUAAGUUAUCAAUAAAAAGUUGAAUGUUUUAAAUUUCUAAAUAAAAUUGAAACGUUACAAAAUGAAAACACAAUUAAAAAUAUAGGGAAUAAAAUAACUAAACACCAUUUACAUCACAAAAAUCACAUACAUUGCAAAUAUAACUUAAUAUUCAGUUAUAAUGUAAUUACCGAAUAUAAUAAAAUCUCAAGCAUAAAUAGAAUUAAAUCAAUCCUAACAAGAAAUACAGUUAAGUCUCUUUAUUUGUAAAACAGAUCCAAAAAAAUCUUUUCCAAAUCUUAUUCCAGGAUCAGAUCCCAGGAUCUCCAUUUUCCUUUUAAAAUCCACUAUUUUCGGUAUGAGAUCAGCACCAUAUCUGAUAAAUAUACCCUGUAUAUAUUCUGGAUCUGACAAUCUAAACAUCUAAAGAUCUAAGCAAUAUCUAAUACACACUCAAGAACCAUUAAAACCAUUAGAGCUUGUGAAAAUGUUAAAUGGAAACCAGCAGGUGAAUCCCAUUAGCAAGUAAACAGGUAUUUUUGUUUUGUGAGCAAGAAGGAUUAUGAAGAAUAUUCUUAUUAUCAUUAAACUUAAAUUCAGGAGUCCUCCUGAACAGACAUAGCUAAAAGAUCAUAAUAUGUUCCCCAGAAUUAUAGGAAACUGUUAAGCAGGUAUGUUAAAUUUAGGUCUUAACAAUGAUGAAUAGAGCUUGUCUUGCUGUAUGUCUGUACUUAGAAAGUCAUGAUAGAUUUUCUAGUGAAUAGCUGAAGAGGUGUAAUGUUGUAACGUCUGAAACCAAUCAGUGAUUUCAAAAACUCAGAGGCAGUUUAUCAAACUCUUUUGAAUACUCAUCAUCUGCUUUGUCGUUUAUAUCUCGACGUCCUUGAUCACGUGGCCAUGGAUUGAAUAGGAAUAGUGAUCCCAGUAAAGCUCUCAGCCUGUGGUACUUAAUGCAUAAUAGCCCUAGAUCAGAGAAGAGUGUGAUUGCAUUUUCAGCUUUGUGUAAAGACAAGCCUUUGUUUGCACUUGUGCAUCAUGCUUAGUUUUCUUUUUUGGUCUUCAAUAGUCUUUAAUUGUAUUAAAGUAUAGCUUACUUCAGGCAUGUUUUCAAACAAAUCAUGGCUAAUUAUAGGCUUCCUCCGUGAUGUUUUCCUCCCAGAUUAGGCAAAAGUAAAAGCCUGAGUUGAGCUUUAAUGUGUGAAGUACAACAAGAGUGAACAUGUUGAUCUGAAGCAGCUUCCUCUUUUUUCAUCCUCUAGUGCUGACUUAAGGAAAAUAUGAUCCAGUCGGUCUUCAUGAUUUGAUUGACUGACUGAAGUCUGACACGCCCCACAGCAAAUUCUUUCCAGAUCACUUGACCAAUGUAAACAGGUUAGCAGGACCAGCUGGAACAUCACAUGUUGUUCCAGGAUAUGAAGAAAGCCGAUAUGAUCCUGCUGACUUCAUGUUUAGUGCUUUCCUAAUGCUGCCAUCAAACCCCUGUAUCUCCCACACACUCCACUCACUGCUUUCAUACUGUCUUCGUCAGCAUUACAUCAUCCACAUGUACUGAAGUCUGGUGUAAGAUCAAUCAAAGCUACACUUCUAUAUUCAUAUUUGUUUGAUCCUCCAGCUUUAACACUCUGCAAGCUUUUGAAUACCCCACCCCCCACCCACCCCCAGUGCAAACCUCUGGGUAUUUACCCCCAUUAAACCAACUGACUUUGAGUUUUAACUAAAGUUUGCUUAAAGAUGUAAUUUUAUUAGUUGUCUUGUUUAAUCCCAUGCUUUGUUAUCUGAUUUGUUUCAUCCUCAAGUUUGUGUAUGUUCCUAAAUUAAACAAUGUGGAGGUGACGUU